AGAAAGUCCGCAAGACUCGCGGGAACGUUUGUAGCCAAGUGUGCUAGCCCUCUGAGAGCUUGAGGAAGAAGUAGGAGACACGUCCUGCUGGCAAGCUGCUUGGAGUCAACUUCCAUUCUCUUUUCACAAAAUGUCCGUGGAAAAUAGCUUGGAUGAUGAAGAUACCUUUAAGAUCCUAAUUGCAACUGAUAUUCACCUUGGUUUCAUGGAGAAGGAUGCUAUCCGUGGGAAUGACACUUACAACACACUGGAUGAGAUCCUCAGAUGUGCUAAGACAAAACAGGUAGAUUUCAUCCUGCUUGGGGGUGAUCUAUUCCAUGAAAACAAGCCAUCACGCCGCUGCCUCCACACAUGCAUUACAAUGCUCCGGAAGUACUGCAUGGGAGACAAGCCUGUACUGUUCAACAUACUCAGUGACCAAGCCGUCAACUUCAGUGCUAGCAAGUUCCCUUGGGUGAACUACCAGGAUGAAAAUCUCAACAUCUCCAUCCCUGUAUUCAGUGUUCAUGGUAACCAUGAUGACCCAACAGGGUCUGAAGGCCUUUGUGCACUGGAUCUGUUGAGCUCUUGUGGUCUUGUCAAUCACUUUGGUCGCUCCCAGUCAGUGGAAAAGAUUGAGAUUAGUCCCAUACUCAUGCAGAAGGGCAAAUCAAAACUAGCACUAUAUGGCCUUGGCUCUAUCCCAGAUGAGCGAUUGUACAGGAUGUUUCUUAACAAUCAGGUCACUAUGCUUCGCCCCAAAGAAGACCAAGAUGAGUGGUUUAACCUCUUUACCAUCCACCAGAACAGGAGUAAGCAUGGCCCGACUAACUACAUCCCAGAGCAAUUUCUAGAUGACUUUCUUCACCUGGUAGUUUGGGGCCAUGAACAUGAGUGUUUGAUAGCCCCGACCAGAAAUGAACAACAGCUCUUUUACGUCACACAGCCUGGCAGCUCUGUAGCCACGUCCUUAUCUCCUGGAGAAGCCACCAAAAAACAUAUAGGCCUGUUGAAGGUGAAAGGCUGCAAGAUGAAUCUACAGAAGAUCCCUUUAAUGACAGUACGUCAGUUCUAUAUCCAAGAUGUGGUGCUUGCCGACCACCAAGACCUCUUUACCCCUAAUACAAUGAAAGUCACAAAAAAGGUUGAGGAUUUCUGCUACGCCAAGGUUGUAGAGAUGCUUGAGGAAGCUGAACGUGAUAGACUGGGGAGUCCACUCACUCCAGAGAAACCUCUCAUUCGCCUCAGAGUGGACUACAGUGGGGGCUUUGAAGCCUUCAACACUUCCCGGUUCAGUCAGAAGUUUGUUGACCGCGUGGCCAACCCCAAAGAUAUCAUUCACUUUAUGAGACGGCGUGAGCGCAAGGAAACUGUCACAGAUGAGGCCAAUAUUGACUAUGGUCAACUGGUGAAAAAUACUACAGCUGAGGGGCUAAGAGUGGAGGAUCUAGUGAAACAGUACUUUGAGGCAGCCGAACAGAAAGUACAGCUGUCCCUGCUAACAGAGCAGGGCAUGGGGAAGGCAAUUCAGGAAUUUGUGGACAAAGAUGAGAAAGAUGCCAUUGAAGAACUUAUAUCCUACCAGCUGGAGAAGACACAACGCCACCUCAAGGCGAGAGGAGUCUCCACAGAAAAAGAUAUCGAUAAAGAGGUCCAAAGUUUCAGGGACUCCAAAAAGAAUACAACUGAGGAGGAGGAGGAAAUCAGAGAAGCAAUCAACAGAGCCAAAACUCUCCGCUUGGAGCGAGGGGAAGACUUGGGCAUAUCAGAUGAGCUGGCUGAUGUUGAAAUGAAUUCCGAUGAGGGCGUUGCGCCACCCCCCCCCUCAACACAAAGCAGAGGCAGAGGGAGGGGCAGGGGGCGGGGCAGCCGAGGCAGGGGGAGGGGUACAACUUCCACUGAACCAAAGACAGUAGCUCCGGGCCGUUCCCAAAAAUCCUCAGCCUCAACCCAAAGCAGAACCAUCAUGGAAGCAUUCCAAGCUUCAGCCCAGGCACCAUCUCGGGGUACAGCAGCCAAAUCCUACGUACAGGAUGACAUUACCAUCGAUGACUCUGAUGAAGAUAUACCUGUAAUGAGAGCUACCCGAUCUGCUCCUAUAGCCACUUCCUCAUCCUCCAGUAAGCGCAGUUCUCAGAGCCAGAACCAGUUAUUCAAAGGAGUGGAUUUUGAUGACAGUGAAGAUGAAGAGGAUGAUCCAUUUAAAGGUCCCAUCAGUCGAGCAUGGAAAAAACCAUAACUACAGUCUUCAUUUUACAACUAUGUUUGAAUAAUUAGAAGCCAAUGAAUUUGACUGGUUUGACAACUGAGCCCUUCACAGCUAGUUCAUACACGGCCUCAUUUGGUCAAAAGCCAAGGCUUCAUGUUUUUCCUUUCUGUAUUUCCCACAACCUCACCUGCUGACCAACAAUAUAACUCCCAACUGGUGGAGAGCAGAAGUUACAUCUACUCAACACCGACGUUAUACUUUGCUGGUCUGUGGAGGACCCACUUGUCGAAGAUUUGUUUCCGACAAGAAGAAAGAAAUGUUUAUUUUUUCUAAAUUAUCUUUGUCUUUGCAUCAUAAAUUGUUUUUGUUUUCCGAUUUCAAAGAAUGUGAAUACGUGGCCUGAAAAUAUUCCUUGUUGAGAAAUGACGUUUCAUUACAGGUUGGAAAUGUUUGGAGGCCUAAGGGGGUACGAUAGAUGUAUCUGAAAUGGGUCUGAAUUGAUAGUUUUAUCAUGACAAAAGCAUAACGUGUACCAAACAAUGCCUUGCUCAAUCUCCACUGAAUGCCCCUACUUGUCCUCUUAUCUACCUCCCCCACAUCCUCUGGUAUUUUUCCUCUCUUCUCUGCACUCCACAAAUCUCCUCUGUUCCUUCUCUCCCUCUGCCGCCUCCCUGACUUGAUUGCAAUAGUUUUAACAAGUUUAUGUGCGUCAAUUUCUGCGCUUGACAAAGUAUUGUUCCUCCCUUGCUGUUUGACACUGAACAAAUUAAAGUUUGGCUGCCGAUGAGCUUAACGUCCA